UUCUGCGUUAUUAGGUCUAUAAGGUAAUCUCCAACAGCUACAGACUUAUCACAUUAUCUGUGAUAAGUCUGUAGCUUCUAUUCGAUUUUGGUUAUGGAGAUAAGUUAUGGUGAAAGUUCAGGUUCAGAUCAUGUUCAGACCAGCUGUCAGAAACUCAUGAGGAAUUCCAUUAUUUAUAGAACGUAAGAGUAGUAACAAAAAGAUAUCUACGGCACUCAGAUCAUGGAUGUUCCAACAAUUGACAAAGCACUAGCUUUGCAUCCAAGAACGCACGAUGGUUAUGUUGAAUAUGGAACUGCUGGUUUUAGAACAAGAUCUCACAUGCUGGAACAUGUUAUGUUUAGAAUGGGACUCUUGGCAGUAUUAAGAUCAAAACUAAAACGAGCUGCAAUUGGUUUGAUGAUAACUGCAAGCCAUAACGAAGAGCAUGACAAUGGAGUUAAAAUAGUGGAUCCAGCUGGUGAGAUGCUAGAAGCAUCUUGGGAACAGAUCGCGACUGAAUUAGCCAAUGUUGAAGACAGUGCAGUGAUAUUGACACUGCAAGAAAUUGUCGAAUCUCAAAAUAUUGAUAUCAAUACUCCCGCAACAGUGAUCAUUGGAAGAGAUACUAGAUCCAGUAGCCCUAUUCUAGCUACUGCAGCUGAAGAUGGAGUCCAAGCUUUGAAAGGCAUUGUGCAGGAUUUUGGUACAAUUACUACUCCGCAACUGCACUACCUAGUAGUUUGCAUAAAUACAAAAGGAAGUUAUGGAGCUCCAACGCUACAAGGUUACUAUGAGAAACUCACUAGCGCCUUCAAAAAAAUUAGAGGUAGCUCCGUAAAGAAUGGAAAAUACAUCCCUCGACUUAUAUUGGAUGCUGCAAACGGGGUAGGUGCUAUUGCAGUUGAAGAAUUCAAAAAAUAUCUGGACUCUUCCAUCAGUAUUGAACUUCAUAAUAAUGGAAAUGGAAAGUUAAACUACAUGUGCGGGGCUGAUUUUGUUAAAGUACAACAGGCUCAGCCAUUAAACGUGCCUCUAAAACCCAAUAUGAGGUGUGUUAGUAUCGAUGGUGAUGCAGAUAGAGUCAUCUAUUAUUACACCGAUGAACAGGAUAAGUUUCAUUUACUGGAUGGGGACAGAAUAGCCACUUUGAUAGCAAGUUAUUUCAAAGAAUUACUGCUAGAAAGCGGGCUGAGCUUACACCUUGGCUUGGUACAAACGGCUUAUGCGAACGGAGGUUCAACAGAUUAUAUAUCUAACGUUCUGAAAGUUCCAGUCGUUUGUGUACCAACGGGUGUGAAACAUUUGCAUCAUGAAGCUGCGUACUUUGAUAUUGGGGUAUACUUUGAGGCAAAUGGUCACGGAACUGUUACCUUCAAGAGUACGGCGUUAGAAAAGAUACGCAAUACUCUUCAGGAUUCAAGUCUACCAGAAAGUGCACGAAAUGCGGUAGCGAAGCUUUUGAAUACAAUCCAAGUAAUAAAUCAAACUGUGGGUGACGCCCUUAGUGAUAUGCUCCUAGUAGAAACUAUUCUACAUACGAAGGGGUGGGAUCUCACGGAGUGGGAGAAAUCUUAUAAAGACCUUCCGAAUAGACAGUCGAAAGUAAAAGUUGCUGAUCGUACCAUAUUUCAUACAGCUGAUGCUGAAAGAAAAUGUGUGGAGCCUAUUGGGUUGCAGGAAAGAAUUGAUCAGUUAGUGGCACAGUAUCCUAAAAGUCGAUCGUUUGUGAGGCCUUCUGGUACAGAAGACGUUGUAAGAGUUUAUGCAGAAGCUGGAGAUGUGGUCGCAGCACAAAAACUGGCUGCUGAGGUAUCGCUGGCAGUUUAUGAAUUGGGUGGUGGAAUUGGACCUGAACCAGCAAUGCCAAGCUAAAGUGCAGAUGGUUUAUGGCAAACAUUCGAAUGAUUUAUAAACUUGUUAAUACUUACAUAUAUGAAUUAAUUGAGGGACCAUGGGAUGUUAUACCUGUACAUUCAAUUAUAUUUUUGUCAUAUUAAGAAUUGAACCCUCGCAAUAUAACUAAAUAUUGUUAA